AUGGUGCCAUACAACAAGCAUAAGCUAUCUUUUAAAUCUAUUCCAUGUGUGUUUAUUGGUUAUGAUGAUCACUAUAAAGGUUAUCGUUGUCUUGAUCCCUUUUCAGGUCGCAUUUAUAUAUCCCGGAACGUGACUUUUGAUGAGACUAGUUUUCCUUACAAGCAGCCCCAGAAUACAUCUUCAUUGCCCUUUGGUGGACUUCACUUUCUCCCUCAUACCAUUCAGCCCACACCUACAACCCAAUCUGAUCUAGGGCCCAGCACCUACUCCCCACAAAUUCAACUUCCAGAUUCCUUAGCAAAUAAUACUCCCCGAAGCCCAUCACCGUCCACUACCUCUUCUAGCCCGCCUGGCUUGUUCUCACACAAUACAACACCCCAAGCGAUUUCCUCUCCAUCUAACCCACACACCCCUUCACUUGCGAGUCCUUCCUCAUCGCCAUCACCAAAAUCCACGAACCCACCCUCUGAAUCGGCUUCUCCAUCACCAAAAUCUACAAACCCUCCAUCACCAAAAUCCACGAACCCAUCACCGUUCACUACCUCAUCACACAUGUUUUUCACGAACCCACCCUCUGGAUCAACUCCUCCUUCUUCACCUAUUGACCCAUCUAUUCUUCCCAAUUCUCUAGAUACACCAAACCCUCCACAAAAAUUCAAGUCUCUCAACUCCAUCGUUCAUUUCGGUCCUGGAACAAAACCACUCUACUCUAAGACCAGCCCUCAUCCCUUACCUCAUGCUUUACUUGCCGAGUGUUCUGAUCCCAUGUCCAUUGAACCUACGAGUUUCACCCAGGCUUCCCAAUCCACCCACUGGCGAGCUGCAAUGAAGGAUGAAUAUGAUGCCCUCAUGAGAAAUCAGACAUGGUCCUUAGUUCCUGCAACCUCAUCUAUGAAUAUUGUGGGAUGCAAGUGGGUCUUCAAAGUUAAACGGAAAGCAGAUGGCUCGAUUGAUCGAUAUAAGGCUCGCCUUGUUGCCAAGGGAUUUAAUCAAAAAGAAGGCUUUGAUUAUGAAGAAACAUUUAGUCCGGUCGUCAAACCAGCCACUAUUCGCACUAUUUUAUCUAUUGUUGUUUCUUAUAAUUGGUUGCUUCAGCAACUUGAUGUUUGCAAUGCUUUCUUGAAUGGGUAUUUGCAAGAAGAGGCACCCCGAGCUUGGUUCCAACGCCUUAGUACCUUUCUUCUUGCUCAGCGGUUUGUUCACAGCCGCUCUGAUGCCUUCUUAUUUAUUCGCCGCUCUUCUUCUUGCACGAUGUAUGUUCUCAUAUAUGGGGACAAUAUCAUUGUUACUGGGUCUAAACCCAAGAGUGUCCAUCAGUUUAUUGAUACAUUAUGUUCCACUUUCGACAGCAGAAGAAUGGGUGAGCUCAAUUUUUUCCUAGGCAUGGAAAUUAAUCAGUUUUCUGACACUCUGUUUCUCUCUCAAACAAGGUAUGCGGUUGAUUUAUUGAAACGGUUUAAUAUGACUGAGUGCAAAUCAUGUCCUACACCAUUGCCCUCUGACACUCGGUUGUCUUGUAUGGAUGGUGAUCCCUUGCCUGAUCCAUCCACCUAUCGCAGUAUGGUGGGUGGCCUACAGUAUCUUACCUUGUCACGACCUGAUAUUUCUUUUGCCGUCAACCACGUGUGUCAGUUUAUGCACAACCCUCGCACUUCCCAUAUUCAGGUUGUCAAGCGCAUUCUCCGGUAUAUUAAAGGCACGCUUGAGAAAGGGCUCAUUUUUCACAAGUCUAAUGAUUUCACUUUACGGAGCUUCUUGGAUGCUGAUUGGGCUGGUUCCGUUGAUGAUCGACGCUCUACCACUGGUGCUUGUAUCUUUCUCGGUCCUAAUCUUCUCACAUGGACUGCCAAGAAACAGUCUACUGUUUCUCGCUCUAGCACUGAAGCCGAAUAUCGAGCUCUUGCCAACACUGCCGCUGAAAUCCGAUGGUUUGGUUACUUGUUUCGUGAACUUGGCAUUCCCCUUCAUUCUGCACCAUGCAUAUAUGUUGAUAAUAUUUCUGCAAUCUAUAUGGCUGCCAAUCCUAUUUUCCAUGCUCGCACACGACACAUUGAGAUUGACUAUCACUUUGUCUGUGAACUCGUUGCUCGGAAAGUGCUUCAUACUCUUUAUGUUCCCUCCUCUCAUCAACUUGCUGACAUAUUCACUAAAGGUCUUAAUCGUGAUCGGUUUUCUCUUCUUAAAUCCAAGCUUAAUCUUCGCGUUGCUCCGUUGCGCUUGCGGGAGGGUAAAGAGAAUCAUGAUGCAGAUCAUGAUUCCAAACAAUCAGCCCAUUCCAUGCACUCAGUCGAUCCCACUAAAUCAGCAUUGACAGACUCCCCAUCACAAGAUCAGCUUCAUCCCAGCUAG